CAUUCACUCUGGUUCACGGGAGCAUCACCUUCCCGUACACGCGGACCCAGCACCAACGCGCGCGCUUGCCUCCACGCAGUCCUCUCAUUGUCCAUCGCUUUCGCCCAUCUCUCUCUGCGGAGAUAACGAACCCAGAGAGAGAGAGAUAGACAGAGAGGAGGGUGCGGAGGUGACUUAAGGGGGGCGGGGCAGCAACCAAAGGAGCUCUCUUCAUACCACGACAAACUUAAUUGCAAGAUCAACACAAAAGUCGGAGCGCGCUGCUACGGCUGGGGUCGGAGGCAGUUUGCGCGCGUCACCCCCACAGCUCCAUGCAGAACGCACACGGGAGGCACGACGCGCCGGGCUAGAUAGCCUCACCCACGAGCCCGAACACUGAUGCCGCCGCCGCCGUUGCUGCUGCUGCGGAUGAGGAUGGUGAUGAUGGUGGCGAUGGAGGUGCUGCUGCUGAUGAUGGUGAUGAUGGGGGAAGCUGUCGGAGCGCAGGGUUCAGUUGUUCCCAACGACCAAACCAAACCCUGGAAGGUUCCGGACUCCACACACUUCCCCGACUAUGCCACGUCGACCAGCGAAGGCGACUUCCUGACUCUGCUCGAGCCGAUGAACAACAUCACAAGCUCGCUGGGCCACACCGCCAUCCUCAACUGCCGCGUGGCGGGCCAGCCGGCGCCCACCUUCCGCUGGCUCAAGAACGACGCGCCGGUGCUGCAGGAACCGCGCCGGGUGACCGUGCGCCGAACGCCGUUCGGCUCGCGCCUGCGCAUCCAGAACCUGCAUACGACCGACACGGGCUACUUCCAGUGUGUGGCGACGAGCGGCCCGCGCUCCGUCUCCUCCAUGGGCAUCCUCUACGUCAAGUUCGGACCGGUACCGACCCCCAGCUCUGGCAAGGAUGGACACGAUGACGAUGACGACGAAGGAUUUUGUCAGCCGUACCGCGGCAUUGCGUGCGCCCGCUUCAUCGGAAACAGCACGAUCUACGUGGACUCCCUGCAGCAGCAGGGCGAGAUCGAGAACCAGAUCACCGCGGCGCUGACGAUGAUCGGCACGGCGACGCAGCUCUCGGACCGCUGCUCACGCUUCGCUAUCCCGUCGCUGUGCCACUACGCGUUCCCGUCGUGCGACGAGCGCUCGCCCGUGCCGCGACCCCGCGACCUCUGCCGCGACGAGUGCGAGGCGCUGGAGACGGACCUGUGCCUCGCCGAGUACGCGGUCGCUCGCUCCUCACACAUCCUGCUCAUGGCGCUGCGGCUGCCCAACUGCGACGAACUGCCGCCCACCGGCACGCCCGAGGCGGCCAACUGCGUGCGCGUGGGCAUCCCCGCGGCGAAACCCAUUGACCGAGACCACAAGUGCUUCAACGCCAGCGGCGUGGAGUACCGCGGCACGGCGAGCGUGACACGCUCGGGCCACCAGUGCCAGCCGUGGAGCUCGCACUACCCGCACGCCCACGCGCUGCUGCCGGCGCGCCACCCCGAGCUGGCGGGAGGCCACGCGUACUGCCGCAACCCCGGGGCCGAGCGCGAGGCGCCCUGGUGCUUCACGCUGGACGAGUCGGUGCGCGCCGAGGUGUGCGACGUGCCGGCCUGCUCUCCGCGCGAGAACAACAAGAUGGAGAUCGUGUACAUCCUCAUCCCCAGCCUGGCCGUGCCGGCGCUGGUCGCGCUGCUCUUCUUCCUCGUCUGCGUCUGCCGCAACCAGCGCAAGUCGUCGGCGGCGUCGCCCCGCUCGCAGGCCAAGCCGGUGGCGCGCCACGACAUGGAGCUGUCGCUGCUCACGCCGCACAAGCAGCUCAAGCUGCGGGAGCUGCCCCCCUCGUCGCUGCAGAUCCUGGAGGAGCUCGGCGAGGUCCCCUUCGGCAAGGUCUACCGGGGGGUGCUCUACCUGCCCGGGGGGCCCUCGUCAGCUGGGGGGCCCUGCCAGCCCCCCCAGCAUCCCGGAAGCUCCGCGACCGCCCCCCAGCAAGUCGCUGUUAAGACGCUGCGGGACCCGAGCGACGCGCGACUCUGGCAGGAGUUCCUGCACGAGGCCCGCCUGAUGGGCGCGCUGGCGCACCCCAACGUGUGCGCCCUGCUGGGCGUCGUGUCGCCGCCGCCGGCGCCGCCGCAGCAGCAGCAGCAGCCGCCGUGCCUCGUGUUCGAGUAUCCGGCGUGCGGGGCGGGCGGCGCCGGCGGGGCCACCGACCUGCGCGAGUUCCUCAUCUCGGCGGCGACGGCGGCCGGGCGGCGCAGCAACCAGGAGGGCAGCGGCAGCGGCAGCGGCGGCGGCGGAGGAGGAGGCGGCGGCGGCGAGGUGCUCGGCUUCCCCGUGCUGGAGCGCCGCGAGCUGCUCUGCUUCUCCACGCAGGUGGCGGCCGGAAUGGAGUACCUGGCCUCGCGACACUUUGUCCACAGGGAUCUGGCGGCACGCAACAUCCUCGUGUGCGAGCGCCUCCACGUGAAGAUCUGCGACCUGGGCCUGGCGCGCGCCGCCUACAGCUCGGACUACGUGCGCGUGCGCCCCAACUCGCCGCUGCCCGUGCGCUGGGCGCCGCCCGAGGUGGUGUUCCGCGGACAGUUCUCCCCAGAGUCGGACGUGUGGUCCUACGGCGUGCUCCUCUGGGAGGUCUUCUCCUGGGGCCAGCGGCCCUACGGGGGCCGCCCCGACGCCGAGGUGGUGACGGCGCUGGGCGCGCGCCGUCUCCUCUCGUGCCCCGACGACUGCCCGCCGUGCGUCUACGCGCUGAUGCGCGAGUGCUGGCAGGAGGCGCCCGCCAAGCGCCCCCGCUUCGCCGACGUCCACGCACGCGUCCGCGCCUUCUGGGAGGCCUCCUGCGCCGGCCCCGCCGCCGUGGCGCCCGCCGGGCCCGGGGGCGGCUGGCCGGCGAACGGCCAGGCGGCGGCGGGUCGCGAGUGGCAAGGGAACGGCGCCGCCGGAAGGGAGUGGAGCGCGCCCAACGGCCUCCCAUGCGGCGCCCGGGACUGGGUCCAGGACGGGGCGGCCGCCGGCGUGGCGAACGGCCGCUGGGAGGCGACGAGCGCCGGGAAGCCGUCGAUGGCGCUGGGAGCGCCGGGGCCGUGGGACGCCAUGGGCGGCGGCGGCGGAGGAGGCGGCGGCGGUGUCGCCAGCCGCUCGCUGUCGGCCUCCGGGUCGGCCAACACAACGCAGACCACGUCGCUGAGCGCCAGCUCACUGAGCAACUACGCAGGGCCCAUGGCCAUGCAGCCGCAGUACCCGCCCGUGCCGCACCUGCAGCACCACCAGCAGCACCACCAGCAGCACCACCAACAGCAGCACCCGCAGCACCAGCAGCAGCACCAGCAGCAGCACCCGCAGUUUUACCACCACUACGGUUACCCCAUGCCGGGCGGCCACCCGGCAGCGCAGGCUGCUGCUGUAGCUUACUCCGGCCGGUACGCUCUACCCAACAGCGCGGCGGCAGCGGCCGCAGCGGCCGCGGCGGCGGCGCACUACCCGCCGUACCACCCGGCGCUGCAGCACCACGGAACGGCCUGCCCCGUGGCCAGCGUGAGCGCCAGCGCGAGCAAGACGAGCCGAUCCCACAGCAGCGCCAGCGGGUCGACCAGCACGGGCCACGGCGCUUCCUCGCACGCCGAGCGGGCCCACCACGCAGCGUCGGCGGGGCCGGCGGCGGGAGUCCACGGCCACGGAGGGGCCGACGGUCACAUCACCUCCACGGCCAGCUCCAACCAGAGCUCCAACACGCCGCUGCUGCGGCAAGACGGCGACGAGGGGGACGACGAUGAUGACGGCGACGAGGAGAUGGGCGAUUACGGGGGGCGCGACGGCCCGCCGCCGCAGCAGCAGCAGCAGCAGCGUUACACUCACGCCGGCACCCCCUAUGCUGCGGGCAGCCUCUCGCCGGCCUCCCAGAGUGCUGUGCAGCAUCACCACCAAGUGCUGCCCCCCCCCUUGGGCUCCCAGCAUGCCGCUGGGCAGCAGAAGGAAGAGGAGGAUUCUGACGAGACGGCCCUUCUGGAGGACAGCGACGGGCCGACGGCGAAUGAACUCUCCAUCAAGGCCGAGCUGUGAUUCGCCGCUUAUCAUCGCAGCACGUCAGAUGCUUAGUUUAUUAUCAUUAUCGUCCGUUAUUAAUGAUAUAAUCCGUAAAUGGUCAUAGGUAUUGCACAAUCUGCCAGAAUUUAUUGGCAGGUGCAAGACUCCCAUCUGUGUGAGGGGGGGGGAUACCUUGCGCCCAUAAUCUUUGAAGCCGCAGCUCCGUCGCCCGAUGCCCUCUCAGAGUCGUGUGCAACAGAGAGGGCGUCGGUGCAGUCAAUACCUUACUUCAAGGAACCACUUGGCAAGUCAUGAAGCUGAGCGGGCGUAAACCAUCGUCCGUGAACUGUGACAGAACAGCGCCGCUGCGUCCCGACCACUAGACGCAUCCACCCUCGCGAGAGCCUUGACGGAUGAACCCACAAAGCAUGAACUUUGCACCAAGAGAGUCGCGCAAAUCCAGGCGGGGACUUUUUGUAACGGAAGGGAGCGAGUUGACGGAUAAAAUGAAAGCGUGAACUCGGAGCCGCGCGGCAACAACCGCGAGCGGCCCGUGAAAGCGUGACGUGUUCGUGAAACCCGUCAUCGCUCCGAGCCGGCUUGCAGAGCAGCACGACGGGCUGGGGCGAGUUCCAAACGAGAAACACAAAAACGUGUGCUGCGAUUCCGGAAUGCCGGCACGGCGGUCGGCGCGCCGUGCCAGUGGUGGGAGUUAACCUUGCUAUGCAAUGACGUGGGCGCAGCUGCAAACCCGCUCUUCGCUUUGCCACCCAGCACAGCGGCGCUCCGCGCAAUCGUUUCAAGAAACCGAUCGUUUAUAUAUCUGAUUUUUUUACAUAUAUAAUUUGACAGCGUAGAAUUCGCUUCGCUGCGUGCACCUGCGCACACAGCGUACACGCGGGCCUCGGCCGAUUUUAAUAAUUACUCGUGGCUGCCAAUUGCGCGCGCUCUUAAAUAAUAACACACGAGCAAGCGUAGGCUAGGGCGCUCUCGCGCCACCUUCGCCAACCCGCGCACGCUGCCAAGCCGACGCCGCGAUUGGCCGAUGCGUUUCGGUCGCUCUCGUAGCACACCGCGGCGCCAGCGGCUACUGCCGGAGGCGGCGGGCGGGCGGGAGCCUUGGUCAUGUGCCGGGGUCCAGCGGUGUGGAGCGUGUCCCGGGGCACGGUGCUAACUGACGCCAAGGGGCUUGCGGCGACCGUCAGCCGCGGACCGAGAGCGGCCGACUGGCGUGCGUCGUGUGGGGCAAUAAGACGAGGAGCGUUUUUGACGGCGGCUUUUUUACAGAGAACAAAAACCGUGUGGGUUGGUGUUAAACAUUAAACAUUGGCGAUCGUUCCUGCGGCAGUGGAGAGGGCACGGCGGGGGGCGGGGGGUGAUCCUUGUAUUGUGUUUCCAGAUGCCAUCGCCACGACCUCCUCGUUUCCAAAUACCCCCCCCCCCCUCCGCUCGUCCACUCGUGUGGAGUCACCGGAGCCCACUUUCUCGCUGGGAGAUUUUCCACGUCCACUGUCGCGCGACGGCGCCCUCCGAGCGGAAGAGAGCCCCCGGCCCCGCGUGUGCCUUGCAGAGAGAGAGAGAGAGAGCCGGUGGUUAAUCGCGGCCCUCUUCACUGGAACGUUUUUUUAGUUCCUCUUUCCACACACUGAAUGUUAUAUUUUUUUUAUCUUUUAAUUCCCCUCGCCCCCUCCGCAAAAAAAUUGUAUUGACCCAUGUACAGUCUCUAUCGCAACGACAAAUCGUGUUUUUAUGGUGUGUGCGCUGUAUAUAGGGAGAUGCCCCAGCGGCAGAGUGAGCGGCUCGCGAACGGAAGGUCGCGAGUUCAAAUCCUGAUGGAUGGGGUCGGGGGGGGGGUCGACUCGGCCCAUCAUCCCCUCUCCGGGGUGAUAAAAUGAGCACCGCUUUGUAGGAGCGAGUCAACAGAGAUUGUGUUUUGUGGGUAGACUCGCCCUUGCCACAGCAAUGAGGAAUUCCCACCACUGGCUGCUUGCAGGGCUGUCAAACGAGAGAUGUUCGUUUGAUACGGGAGUGGUGGGGGU